UGGUAGUCGCUCUUCCAAAACCUUCAAACCAAAGAAGAAUAUUCCAGAGGGGUCUCACCAGUACGAGCUGCUCAAACAUGCCGAAGCCACGCUUGGAAGCGGUAAUCUGCGGAUGGCCGUUAUGCUUCCAGAGGGCGAAGACUUAAAUGAAUGGGUUGCAGUUAACACUGUUGACUUCUUCAACCAGAUCAAUAUGCUUUAUGGAACCAUCACGGACUUCUGCACCGAGGAGAGCUGCCCCGUCAUGUCUGCUGGCCCAAAAUACGAGUACCACUGGGCAGAUGGGACAAACAUCAAGAAACCAAUUAAGUGCUCUGCACCAAAGUACAUUGAUUACCUGAUGACGUGGGUCCAGGAUCAGCUGGAUGACGAAACGCUGUUUCCUUCUAAAAUAGGUGUACCGUUCCCAAAGAAUUUCAUGUCAGUGGCAAAGACAAUUUUAAAGCGUCUCUUCAGAGUUUACGCUCACAUUUAUCACCAGCACUUUGAUCCAGUGAUCCAGCUACAGGAGGAGGCACACCUUAACACUUCUUUCAAGCACUUUAUAUUUUUCGUUCAGGAAUUCAACCUUAUUGAUAGAAGAGAACUUGCACCGCUUCAAGAACUGAUUGAAAAACUCACCUCUAAGGACAGAUAAAAGGAAGAGCAUUUCUUCAAGUCACUUGUUUCUUUAAGCAAGCGUGUGGUAUUUGUUUUUUGUUCAUUUGUUUUUUUUUUUAAAAAAAAAACAAAACAAAAACCUGUGCUGUUGCUAAUGACAGCCAAGAUCUACUUUCUGUGCUUUUAAUUAUUAGGGGAAAUCUUUUCUCUGUUAGUGACAAGUGGUUAAAUAGCUUUUUUUUUUUUUUUUGAUUGUUAUUCAUUGUGGGAUUUUAGCAGGUGCUGAGUGUUUAUAAAGGAAACAUGCUUGGUCUGGAGAUUGACUCUGCUGGUGGAUGGGUUCUUGUAUUGUGUCAGUGGUAGCUCAUUCUCAUGAAGUCCCUAAAAGACUUGCUUACAUUCUCUAAGUGCCUUGGCAGACUCGCUUCUGAGGUGCAAAGCACAUAAAAUACUGAACAUUGCUGGAAACAGAAAAUACGAACUAACACCCAGGACACUUACUGAUAGUUCUUUUAGAAAAAAAUAUAUAUGCUUACACUAAAAAAA